AAUUUAUAUUUAACUUCAAAGAUAUAUUUAACAUAAAGUAUGCYACAGGACAGGUAACCCAAAAUGGUCAACCUAUUCUUACACCACAGGUAACCCAAAGAACUGGGACAACGUCACCUUGUACCAAAAGGAUCAUUCAUUUGUCUUACUCUAAAGGUAACCCAAUGAUCAUCAAACAAACCUUGAUAACACUGCUAGGGGAGUGACUUUCAAGGAUUCUGCUGUCAUGUGGUGUGACAAUCCUGGAGCCAGUCUGUCCAAAACCUGUUGUGUUGCCUAUAGAGCAAAAGAGCAAUCUUGCUUUUGAUACAGGAAAAAACACAAAGGCACUUUAGGACACUACCUACCUCAGGUGUUAUGUCACGAGGAGUGGGGUCUUAUUCUGCUGCAAAUGAGGAUGAAUAUAAAGAUGCUUGCAGAGAUGCCUGUUUGAAGGCAGUAGAUGUUUUAAAAGAUGGCAAAUCAGCAGUUGAAGCUGUUGCAMUUGCUUUGGGAGUACUGGAGGAAWCACCAUGUACCAAUGCAGGUCUUGGCAGUAAUCUGAACAUGAAUGGUGAUGUAGAAUGUGAUGCAAGUAUAAUGGAUGGCAAKUCAUUGGGUUUUGGUGCUAUCGGUGCUGUGAAAGGUGUUAGAAACCCCAGUCAAGUUGCUUAUCAAUUACUAAUUGAAGAAUGUCAAGGACCAUCACAAGCAGGCCUGGUACCACCAGUAUUUCUUGUAGGUGAAGGUGCUACAGAUUGGGCCAAACRCCACUCURUUGACAUAGUCCCAAACACAUCACUCAUCACUGAUAAAAGUCGUUCAGCUUUCAAUAAAAACAGGGCAAAACUCUAUGAUGAAGCCAUAUCUGAAGGUGAAGAUACUCCCAAAAAGAAGCGYAGGCUUGAAGACCUGUGUUCUUAUGAAGAUGGAUGCAUGGAUACUGUUGGUGUAGUAUGUAUGGACAUAAAUGGUAAUGUUAGUGCUGGGGCGUCAAGUGGUGGAAUGUUAUUAAAAACUCCAGGCCGAGUAGGACAGGCAGCAGUAUUUGGUAGUGGUUGUUGGGCUAAGAACAGURAGGAGACAAGCGUGGCAUGCUGUACAACAGGUUGUGGAGAGUACUUGAUCAAGACAAUGCUUGCAAAAGAAUGUGCYGAGUUAGCUUUUAGUAGGGAUGGAACAAAUGCAGUUAAUGAUGCCUUGCAGGAGAGGUUUCUUGAUUCAUCCCUUUUAUCAAAUGAUGAAAGGCARAAGCUAGCAGGAGUUGUUCUUUUGAGGGCUUCAGGCAUAAAGGAUCAUGAGAUAGAAUUUGUCUGGGGACAUAAUGCCUCAAGCCUGUGUGUAGGUUACAUGUCAACAGAUCACCAAAAACCGAAGGUCCGUAUUUCAAGAUCUACAUCUUUUGACUAUCACAAGCUCAACCCUAUACUUAUUGAAGGUGUAGUACAUAAAGCAAAACAAUAAUAAAUACAAGAAUUGAUAGUAAGAUCUAUAUGUAGAAAAUACAGGAUAUACCCUGGACAUGUAAAAUUAUUUAUAUAAAUAACUCUCAUUUCUGUAAAAAAAAGAUGAAUAAAAUCAACAUUAUUUA